AUGUACUGUAACGUACGGGACAUCUGCACUCCCUAUCAAGCGCUGCGCACUGUCCGUGAAUUGGCUAUAGUCGAUGGUGCCACCUGGCCGCUAGCGGCGUCUGUGUUAUUAAACGAUACAUUUGUUGAUGAUGUCCUCACUGGAGCCAAUACUAUUGAAGAUGCUCUCGAGUGCCAAUCUCAACUCAUAAAUUUGUGUGCCAUGGCACAGUUUAAAUUGCGCAAAUGGGCCAGUAAUAAUAGUCAAAUUUUACAAACAGUGGCUGAAGAGGAAUGUGCCAUUUCUCCCUCUGUUCUACUUGACACCAGUGAACAAUCAGACUUAAGAGUACUUGGUCUAAAGUGGAACCCACUAGCAGACACUUUCUCAUUUAACGCUACACCUUCGACUACCAAGCCAACAAAACGUACAGUCCUAUCGGAGAUUGCUAGGAUUUUUGAUCCUUUAAGUUUGCUAUCACCUACCACCUUCUGGACGAAAUACCUUAUGCAACAGCUGUGGACGUCAGGUGUUUCUAGGGAAGAUCCAAUCCCAGUUAAAAUUAGUGAUGCCUGGUUACGAUAUCAAUCAGAGCUGCUCAUGAUUGAACACAUCUGUAUUCCCCGACGUCUCACACAUGAUAAUAUGAAAAACGUACAACUGCAUGCGUUUUCGGACAGUUCAGAGAAAGGGUACCCAGCAGCAGUUUACCUUCGUGUUGAAACUGCUACGGUCAUACAUUGCCAACUUAUAACCGGAAAGUCCAAGGUUACUCCCCUCAAGAAGUCUACGAUUCCUCGGCUUGAGUUGUGUGGAGCUCUGCUUGCUGCGAGAUUACUUCAUUUGGUAACAACCACAUACACCGAUCGCGUAAAAAUUUAUGAACUGCAUGCGUGGACUGAUUCCACAACCACUUUAGUUUGGAUCCAAUCGUCGCCACACCGUUGGGCCACCUUUGUUGCCAAUCGUACUAGUCAGAUACAAGAUCUAACAGCACCAUCGAUUUGGCAUCACGUCCCCACACAGGAUAAUCCAGUCGACUGUGCGUCUCGUGGUCUGUUCCCUUCAGAACUUGUUGACCAUCCCUUGUGGUGGACAGGCACCACAUUUCUUAAGGAGUCACUAAAUAACUAA